UCGGGUCGGGUCUUCAUCGUCGCGUCCCGCGAGCUCGGCCAAAUCUCUGCCUCAUUCUUCGGCUCCGUACUCCUCACUCCUACUCCCCCGCCCGGCGUCAUGGAUCGCAGGAACCGCCCGCCUCCGACGAGAUCCGAGCUCUACUCCACCGUCGUCAUCCACCAUAACUCCGACUCCGACGAAGAGAAGCAACGAGAGGGCGACGACAUAUACGCCACGAUGGUCUACAAGAACGACGCCGGCGGCGGAGAAGGAGGAGAAGAGGAGGAGGAGGAGGACGACUCCUCCUUGCCUCCGCUCCUCAAACGCCUCCCCAAGGACUUCGGCGGCGGAGCCUCGAUCGACUACGACAACGACCCCGAGGACUUCGGCACCAUGAUCGUCAAAACCAGCCGCAACCGGAGCAGCAAAGCUUCCCCCUCCUCGUAUUCUUCCUAUUCUUCUCCGUUGCCGGCCUCGGUGAAGGGCGGGGGCUUGGAUUACUCGGAUUUCCACAAUAGCAGCUUGAAGAAGAGGAUCGAGACUUUCGAGGAUGACGACGAGGACGACAAUGGCGGCGAUUUCUCGACGUUCGUGGUGAAAACGAACGAUAGGGAGUCCGUCAGCGGGACGGUGGUGAGGAGGACUGGUGGUGGUGGUAGCGGUAGCGGUGGUGGUGCUGGUAGUUUUAAGGAUUCAACCAUGGGGAGGGCCGUGGCGAGCAUGCAGGCCGUUGGAGAGGGGGGAUUUGGAGGUAAACAGCAGAGGAAGGGAAGUGGAUCCUCUUCUUCGCAGGGGGAUGAAGGGGCGAGGCCCGCCAGUAAGAUCUCUUCGAGUUCGAUGCCAGAGAGCAUCACGAGAGAGGAUCCUACUUCUAAGUAUGAUUUGCUUAGUGAGCUAGGAAAAGGUUCAUAUGGUGCUGUUUAUAAGGCCAGAGAUAGAAGAACGUCUGAACUUGUCGCCAUCAAAGUGAUAUCAUUGUGUGAAGGGGAGGAGGGAUACGAGGAAAUUCGAGGCGAGAUUGAGAUGUUGCAGCAGUGUAAUCAUCCCAAUGUUGUGCGUUACCUUGGAAGCUACCAGGGGGAGGAGUAUCUUUGGAUAGUCAUGGAGUAUUGCGGGGGUGGAAGUGUCGCUGACCUAAUGAAUGUCACUGAAAAGCCUCUAGAGGAGUAUCAGAUAGCAUAUAUCUGCAGGGAAGCUUUGAAGGGCCUCUCUUAUCUGCAUUCAAUUUUCAAGGUCCAUAGAGAUAUUAAAGGGGGAAAUAUUUUGUUGACUGAACAAGGGGAAGUCAAGCUGGGUGAUUUUGGGGUAGCUGCGCAACUUACCAGGACCAUGUCCAAGCGUAACACGUUUAUUGGAACUCCACACUGGAUGGCUCCAGAAGUUAUUCAAGAAAACCGCUAUGAUGGAAAGGUGGAUGUCUGGGCUCUUGGUGUGUCUGCAAUUGAAAUGGCAGAGGGACUUCCUCCUAGAGCAUCAGUCCAUCCCAUGAGGGUAUUAUUUAUGAUAUCAAUUGAACCAGCUCCAAUGCUUGAGGACAAAGAAAAAUGGUCCCUUGUUUUCCAUGAUUUUGUUGCGAAGUCCCUUACAAAAGAACCGCGUUUGCGCCCUACUGCAUCUGAGAUGCUAAAGCACAAAUUCAUUGAAAAAUGCCAAUGUGGAGCUUCUGCAAUGUUGCCAAAGCUUGAAGAAGCAAGGAAAAGCAGGGCCUUGAUGGAACAAGCACAAAGUGUUGCUCCAAUUUUGUCCGUGGAUGGUGUACCUGAAGGUCCACAAGUUAAUGAGGACUAUGGCGAUACCGUUCCUUCCAAACCUCACAUUGUUGGACCAAAAGUAACAAAUGAGAUAUUGGCGAGUAGCACUAUUAAGAAGCAGCCAGCAUUGGGUAGCUUGGGAGAAACCAAAGAAGGUGAUUUCGGGACUGUCAUAGUUCAUGAUGGGGAGAAGAUUGACAAGACAAUUUCAUCAACAGAGACUUCAAAUGCCGAGCAGUUGCCCGCAGUGUCGCAUGUAGAUAGCCCUUCAUUGCCCCAAGAUGGCAGCAAAUCGGCUCAUUUCAGGGUGGAUAAUAGUGUUGGUGUUGCUGCAAAUAGUACUUCAGUUGGAGAACUACAUCAAAAUGCGCACAGCCUUGAAGCAGCUUCACCAUUAUUUGGCUCUCCUGAGCAAAAUGUGAAAAUGGCAGAGAGCCAAACACAAGUUGGAAGCGGCAAUGAUGUGAACAACAGCCUUUUAAAAAAUGAAACCAUCAGUAAAAAAGCUUUUGCAUUACAGGAUAAGCUUUGGUCCAUAUAUGCAGCUGGUAACACUGUGCCAAUUCCUUUCUUGAGGGCAACCGAUAUUUCUCCUAUUGCUCUCUUGUCCGAUAAUGUUCUUGGCAGUGCACAAAGAGAUAAUAGUGGCAGCAUAACUACAGAAACAUUGCAAGAGCUUUUUGCUGGUGAUGGACAGAUAAAGAAGGGCCGAAGGGGGCAAAAUGAGAUGCCUCUUCCUCCGAGUGUUUAUCGAAGACUCACUUCGAGCUCCACACUGCUGAAUUUGGCCCAAGCUUUAGCCUACCACAAAAUGUGUCAUGAAGAGAUGCCCCUCCAGGAACUGCAAGCAGAGCAAGCACAACAGACUAUUCAAAAUCUCUCGGACACGCUUCGCACUAUACUCCGUUUGUAGAUAAUGCAUCAAGAAAGUGUACAUAGUUGUUUGUUGUUUUUGUUCAUUGCCGUUCUUUUCUUCGUCCUUCUCUUAAUUUUCAUGUGGGUAGAGUUUUGAGAGCACCGAGAAGACGACUUUGGCCAACCUCUGGUGAGCUGGUGUCCUGCCCGAAAUGAAGCGCAAUAGUUUUUCUGCC